AUGCCUAAUUCUGCUCCCCUCCGUGUUCGAGUCCCUCGAUCGGCCACACACGAUGCAUCCUCGACCUUCGGGCCCGCCUUCGGAAUCAUUUCGACUUAUUCGCACCGGGUUCUGCCUUCGCCCUACGCUCAAAUAGCCUCACCUGGAACCGUAGCGUCAUGUGCACCCUCGAUGCAGGCCUCACACACGAGCACCCAGGACCUGCCCUCCUCGUUCUCGACCGGUGGCGAGUCGUGCUGUCAAUCUGCUGUUGAUGUCGAGCCGACGGCCUGGACUCCUGGACCUUCAACUUCGACGUCGACACCUUCCACGGCCGGGGAUGACAGUUUGCACAUCGCCUACGCCCAGAUCAUUGGACUCUCGCACGCUCGCCCGUACGCUCGUCGAGCUGUUUCUUCCCCUGUCCCCAUGCGCACUCCGCCAAUACCGACCGACCAUGGAGCUUCGUCGGAGCCGCCCGUCAUCGUUCCGCCCCCCUUAACUCUGCCGGAUUCAAGCAUCUCUCGAUCACCUUCGACCCAUUCAUCACUCCAAUGUCUGGCCCCCUCCUCGCUCGGCGUAAACUGCCACAGCUCUGAUCUCUCCUCGGUCCAAACUUAUGCUACGGAAGGAAAACGGGCCCAUCUCGAACCGCAUCAACUACAAGUUCGCAUAAUCCGUCACCCCAUCCAACGUCCGCCCAUCCCCGACUUCGAGCCUCCAAACUUUGAGUCGCCCUCAACGAUUGAGUUAUGUCGUCCCGCUCGUGUGGGCGCAGUCCGAGGCCGACCCAAGAUCGAUGAUUUUGUCUUCCGCGGAGUCCAAGACCUUCCGCGCACGCUCUCUCCGACCUUCCCUGGUUCGAACGAGGACGAACUCCGACCUUUCACCCGACUCGACUUUGUCAGCGAUCUUUCGAAAGGAAAGGUGGCCUCGCCCGAUGGCGAGAUGACGGAGAAAUCGGACCGAUCCACAGUGUCACGUUGCUCGCGGGCCGAGCUCCUAGCCCGGCGUCGCAGUUCGAUGCACGUCAAGAUCGCCCCUUGGGACUCGAUUGAAGAGCCGGGCAAGUCGGUUGAAGACCGAGGGACCACGGGCCUGGGUCUUUCGAGAGGUUGGAAGGUCAUGUUGAUCACCUCGGGGGUUCUUUUGGUCACGCUCGUGAUUGCCAAUUUGGUCAUGAUCAACGUAAUGAUCUUUUCUGGGAAGCGAAUGGCGCUGGCGUAA